AUGAAAUUCGUCAUAUUACUGUGUGUACUUAGCGCGCUGCUGCUGCAAAUCGAAGCCUCACCCGUCAAUCAUCUGGAACGUCAGUCCCGUGCAGUCUCACGUCAACAAGCCAGUGGAGUUAAUGAUGUCGCACCCGCUGCAUCUUCUACCGAUGAUGAUGAUGACGACGAUGAAGAUGAUGAUGAUGAUGAGCCAGAUCUAGGUGAUCUUGUGGAUGAUGAUGAUGAUGAUGAUGACGAAGAGGAUGAUGAUGAUGAUGAAGAAGAUGAUACCCCACAAGGUCAAGCUGCUCCAGCAUCAGGUGCCAACGAUGAUGAUGACGAUGAUGAUGAUGAUGAUUAUUUGGAUAGAUUAUUCGAUGAUAUUUUGGAUGAUGACGAAGAUGAUGAUGAGGACGAUGUAGUUCCAGCUGCUAGCGUACAAAAUACUGUAGCUGCUGCACCAGCCGCACCAAUUGCUUCCCUAGAGGAUAUUGCGCCCGUUGGGCAGUCUGCCGUAAGCUCUGGUAUUAACGAUGGUUUAGAUGUGCCUGCGGAAAAUGGUAACUCAGCUGACGCCUCAAUUGCUGGCAAUGCUGCCGAUGACAUCGCCUCAACGAGUAACAACAACGAAGGUGAAAUAAAUGUUUUUUAUGAUGAAGAAGCAAGUAAUAAUCUAGUAGAUAUUAGUAGUAGUAGUAGUAGUAAUGUCAGUAGAAUUAGUAAUCUUAGUAGUAGCAAUACACCACACAUUAGAAACAGUCAACAAACAUUAUCAACAUCGUCAGAACAAAUCAAACAAACCAACACGUUUAAAAAACCAACAACAGUCACAACUACAACAACAACAAACACAAGUAGUGGUAGUGGUCAGAAUGUUUUGAUUAGUCCCAAUCAUCUAAGCCGGCCAGCAUCAGCUGCUAAUGUCCUAUUAAGACCAAAUAAUGGACCAAAGGCUCAGGCAGCUGAUGCUGCUGCUGAUGAUGAAGACGACGAUUAUGAUGUCGGUGUAUUUGAUGAUGAUGAUGAUGAAGAAGAUGAUGAUGAUGAUAUUGAUGAUGGAGUUGAUGAUAUUACAGGUGCCAUAACAGGUGAUGAUGACGAAGAGGAAGCGGAUGACGAUGAUGAUGAUGAUGAAGAUGAUAUAAUUGGUGAUGAUGUCAUUGAAGCAAGACGUGAAGCACGUGAGUCCAAAAAUACAACAACUAAGAAACAAACAGCAACAGCUAAAAAAACUAAAAAAUCAACAAGUGCUUUGAAGAGUAAAAAGGCUCUCAAACAAUAAGUUUUCAAUGCUUUAAAACUGAUAUGAAUAAAACUAAAGAUAAUUAAAAGGACUUGAUAGCGUAAAUAAGCUUUUAGCAAUU